AUGGACUCUUCAGCCCCAAAGCGCCGCAAGACGUCGCCGACGACGAAUGUUCCUAUAGGCGGGACGACUGCGCUAUCGUCCAAAGAUGAGCCGGUUAAAAGACCUAUACGUCGUCCAAUACCAUCAUUUGCGUCCCCAACCAAGGCUAGCCUUGCGCGAUCGAACCCCGAGGUAUUAGAACGGAGCAGUACCUCUAGACCUCGACCUUCAGAUGAUGCGCCCGUCGCAUCAGAAGCGGAGAGUCUCCUAGGCGAUGCCCCAGGCAAUUCAGAUAUUGGAAAAACCGGAGACGAUACAGAAGCAAGCGGUCGCGACACGCAACAUACACAAUCUACCUCGGAGAAUCAACCAUGGAGUCCCGUCCGACGUGCCACAGGAGCUAUGACCGCCAAACCACGAAGGACACCGAACAAGCCAUCGCCGCGCCCAUUACCAGAGCCAUCAGUCGAAGAAGAAGAAGAAUUAAUAAACCCAUUUAAGGGCCGAGUGUUACGGCGGUCUCCGCCUCCUGGCGAAGCAGUUCCUGAAGAACCAGAGCUCCCACCUACGCCGACGCAGCAAGGCAUAUCAAAUCCCGCCUCAAUACAAACUUCUCCCAUGGGAAUCCAUAAUACGCCUACCAAACGCCCAAGAAGAAGUAAGGUCUUAGCUGAGCGAAUUAAGAGUUCUCCUCUAAAACAGCCACCACUUCGUCAUCUUGAAUUUACCAAAGAAGCUACGCGCGAAGAGUCACCAUCCCGAACAGCAGAGAGAACGUUGAGAGCACAACCACAAAGUCGGAAGAAGAGACGAAAAUCGCAUCCAGCCCGGAAUGCUGAGGAGCCCGACCCACUGGCUGAGAAGAAGUCGCUGAGAGAUUCGCUGCUUGCCGAAGUUGCUCGGUUAAGAUCGGAUCUAGAACUAGCAACUCGUGAGAAUACUCGCUUACACGAAUUGCAACAAGGAAGAAAGGUUAGCUCGGCUCCGAAAGAUGAAGGAGACAAGCAAACCCUUUUCGACCUAUUCCGCCGACAUGCUCUCCCUCCUGAAAAGGAGACACCUCCCGACCCAACGCAAGACUGGCUUGAGGCCGCAUUAAAUCCAAUCUCAUUCCUCCCCUUUAGCAAAGCGAAACCGUUGCUUCCAUCCAUAUUUUCUCCGCCGCAAGAUAAUACCCAACAGGAGGCUGAAAAGCUUCCUAUCUCACAUCAUCCUGUACCCAUGACAGCGCAAGAGGAAAUGCCUUUUCUGCAAGUAUUUACCCCAUUAACUUUCACGUCUACUGUCUCAAUAAUACCCCGCGACGAUGCCGCGAAUCAGGGACCACUUCUGCAAAAAUAUACCAUAUCAGCUUCAUCAACAGUACCAGGUGUAUUUGCUGCGACGAUUGAAAUGGUGGUGAAUACCAAGAGGUUAUCUAUUGCUGAGCUAAAGGUGGCACGUCUCGAGCCGUCAGCAGUUGGUGAGCUAGGGCCUUUCGUGGAACGGGUCGUCAAAGGGACAGGAACCAGUGCUCUGACAAGGAAUAUUAGUGUCAUUACCUGGGCUAUGGGCGAGUGGCUUCGCGUCGCAACAAGGAGGGCUCGAUUUUGGUGCGCCAUUGAAAGGGAUCUAAAAAGCAGUGAAGGUCUAGCGAAAUGCGUCAGGGAAAUGAGGACAGACACGAGAAGAAAGGGUCGAGGUCGACAAGCUACAACGGCCCGCGACGACGAAGACGACAACGAGGAGCUCGAGGGACAAGCUGAUAAAAUGCGCUUCACAAAAGCCAAUAUAUUCCCCCAUCUGGGAAGGACAGACCUUGAUCUAGAGCUACCCAUCCUCGAUGAUCCAGAUGGAGCUCCGACUAUCCGUAUUAAGUGGCGUAUUGAAUUCGAUUGGACAGGAGAAGCGCGAAGCAAAAUAGGGCUAUUACUAGAAACUCCAGCGAAGUGGCACGGACAAGACAAAAAGCGUAGCUUAACAAAUAUACCGGGCGUAUUUGACAAGCUUAUACAGGAGAAUAAGGAUCCGAUGGAGGCUCUAAAGACAGUAAUCGCAUUGUUGGUUGGAGAGUAA